AUGCCUACAGUGUCUAUGGGGGAGCACUGUCGGCCUGAAGCCGCUGUAAAGAUGUUGGUGCUGAUCAGUUUCAAUGUAAUUAGGCUACUGAGCGGAUCAGCUGUAGCACUGGUUAUAGCCCCCACUGUCUUACUGACAAUGCUUUCUUCUGCCGAACGAGGAUGCCCUAAGGGCUGUAGGUGUGAAGGCAAAAUGGUAUAUUGUGAAUCUCAGAAAUUACAGGAGAUACCCUCAAGUAUAUCUGCUGGUUGCUUAGGUUUGUCCCUUCGCUAUAACAGCCUUCAAAAACUUAAGUAUAAUCAAUUUAAAGGGCUCAACCAGCUCACCUGGCUGUACCUUGACCAUAACCAUAUCAGCAAUAUUGAUGAGAAUGCUUUUAAUGGAAUACGCAGACUCAAAGAGUUGAUUCUGAGUUCCAACAGAAUCUCCUAUUUUCUCAACAAUACCUUCAGACCUGUGACAAAUUUAAGGAACUUGGAUCUGUCCUAUAAUCAGCUGCAUUCUCUGGGAUCUGAACAGUUUCGGGGCUUGCGGAAGCUGCUGAGUUUACAUUUACGGUCUAACUCCCUGAGAACCAUCCCUGUGCGAAUAUUCCAAGACUGCCGCAAUCUGGAACUUUUGGACCUGGGAUAUAACCGGAUCCGAAGUUUAGCCAGGAAUGUCUUUGCUGGCAUGAUCAGACUCAAAGAACUUCACCUGGAGCACAAUCAAUUUUCUAAGCUCAACCUGGCCCUUUUUCCAAGGUUGGUGAGCCUUCAGAACCUUUACUUGCAGUGGAAUAAAAUCAGUGUCAUAGGACAGACCAUGUCCUGGACCUGGAGCUCGUUACAAAGGCUUGAUUUGUCAGGCAAUGAGAUUGAAGCUUUUAGUGGACCUAGUGUUUUCCAGUGUGUCCCAAAUCUGCAGCGCCUCAACCUGGAUUCCAAUAAGCUCACAUUUAUUGGUCAAGAGAUUUUGGAUUCUUGGAUAUCUCUCAAUGACAUCAGUCUUGCCGGGAAUAUAUGGGAAUGCAGCAGAAAUAUUUGUUCUCUGGUAAAUUGGCUGAAAAGUUUUAAAGGUCUGAGGGAGAAUACAAUUAUCUGUGCCAGUCCCAAAGAGCUGCAAGGAGUAAACGUGAUCGAUGCAGUGAAGAACUACAGCAUCUGUGGCAAAAGUACCACGGAGAGGUUUGAUCUGGCCAGGGCUCUCCCAAAGCCGACAUUUAAGCCUAAACUCCCCAGGCCGAAGCACGAGAGCAAACCCCCUCUGCCCCCCACGGUGGGAGCCACGGAGCCUGGCCCAGAGACUGAUGCUGACACUGAGCACAUCUCUUUCCAUAAAAUCAUCGCAGGGAGCGUGGCCCUUUUCCUGUCUGUGCUCGUCAUCCUGCUCGUUAUCUACGUGUCAUGGAAGCGGUACCCUGCGAGCAUGAAGCAGCUGCAGCAGCGCUCCCUCAUGCGAAGGCACAGGAAAAAGAAAAGACAGUCCCUAAAGCAAAUGACUCCCAGCACCCAGGAAUUUUAUGUAGAUUACAAACCCACCAACACGGAGACCAGCGAGAUGCUGCUGAAUGGGACGGGACCCUGCACCUAUAACAAAUCAGGCUCCAGGGAGUGUGAGAUACCUUUAUCAAUGAAUGUGUCAACCUUUCUGGCAUACGACCAGCCCACAAUAAGUUACUGUGGGGUGCAUCAUGAACUUCUCUCUCAUAAGUCCUUUGAAACGAAUGCACAGGAAGAUACGAUGGAAACACACCUAGAGACUGAGCUGGACCUGAGCACAAUCACAACAGCUGGCCAAAUCAGUGACCAUAAACAGCAGCUGACUUAA